GCGGGCUGGCGCGCCGCGGAGGCCGGCAGGCAGGGCGGGAGGAGGCCGCUGCCGCCAUCUCCGGGUGCCGUUGCGGUGCUGAUCGCGACCGGUGGGGAGAGGGCGGGCCUGGCAGCCGGGCCGGUUGAGGCGUGAGGCGCGGUGCGGCGGGCGGGCCAGUCAGCCGGCUGUGGGGCGAUGAGGAGUCGCAGCAACUCGGGGGUGCGCCUGGACGGCUACGCCCGCCUGGUCCAGCGGACGAUCCUGUGCCACCAGAAUCCAGUUACGGGGCUGCUUUCAGCCGGUACAGACCAUAAAGAUGCUUGGGUACGGGACAACAUCUACAGCAUCCUGGCCGUGUGGGGGCUGGGGAUGGCCUAUCGGAAGAACGCGGACCGAGAUGAGGAUAAGGCCAAAGCCUAUGAGCUUGAGCAGAAUGUUGUGAAGCUGAUGCGGGGACUCUUACAGUGCAUGAUGAGACAGGUAGAUAAGGUAGAGAAGUUCAAAUGCACACAGAGUACCAAAGACUGCCUACAUGCCAAGUAUAACUCUGCAACUUGUGCCACUGUGGUUGGGGACGACCAAUGGGGGCAUUUACAAGUGGAUGCAACUUCCCUUUACCUGCUCUUCUUGGCACAGAUGACCGCAUCAGGGUUACGUAUUAUCUUCACCCUCGAUGAAGUUGCCUUUAUUCAGAAUCUUGUUUUUUACAUAGAAGCUGCCUACAAAGUUGCUGAUUAUGGAAUUUGGGAACGUGGUGACAAGACGAACCAGGGCAUCCCUGAACUGAACGCGAGCUCCGUAGGGAUGGCCAAAGCUGCUUUAGAAGCAAUUGAUGAACUAGAUCUUUUUGGAGCUCAUGGAGGACACAAAUCAGUGAUUCAUGUUCUUCCUGAUGAAGUAGAACAUUGUCAGUCUAUUCUGUACUCCAUGUUGCCAAGGGCAUCCACAUCAAAGGAGAUAGAUGCUGGCCUUCUCUCUAUUAUUUCUUACCCAGCUUUUGCAGUGGAGGAUCUAAACCUUGUUAAUGUGACCAAGAGUGAAAUCAUAUCCAAAUUGCAGGGCCGCUAUGGCUGCUGUCGCUUUCUCCGAGAUGGUUACAAGACGCCCAGAGAGGAUCCGAGCAGGCUGCACUAUGAUCCUGCUGAGCUCAAGCUCUUUGAGAAUAUUGAAUGUGAGUGGCCGGUAUUCUGGACAUACUUCCUAAUUGAUGGAGUAUUUAAUGAGGACAAAAUUCAGGUUCAAGAGUAUAGAGAGGCUCUGGAAGGAAUACUUAUUAGAGAGAAGAACGGAAUAGUGCUAAUGCCUGAACUGUAUGCAGUCCCCCCAGAAAAGGUGGAUGAGGAGUAUGAAAAUCCUCACUCAGUGGAUCGUGUCCCAGUGGGAAAGUUGCCUCAUCUUUGGGGCCAAUCAUUGUAUAUCCUUAGCUGCCUAUUAGCAGAGGGAUUUCUUGCUGCAGGUGAAAUUGAUCCCUUAAACAGGAGAUUUUCCACUGGAUUUAAACCUGAUGUUGUGGUACAAGUAACUGUUUUGGCAGAAUCUAAUCAAGUUAAGAAUCUCUUGCAAGACCAUGGAAUCAAUGUUCAGAGCAUUGCUGAUAUCCAUCCGCUCAGAGUGCAGCCAGCUCGCAUCCUGAGUAACCUCUACACCAUGCUGGGCCGGAACAAGAACAUGAAAUUAAGUGGACGGCCACACCGACAUAUUGGAGUGUUAGGCACCUCCAAGCUGUACGUGAUAAGAAAUCAAAUAUUUGCUUUUACCCCUCAGUUUACUGACCAGCAUCACUUCUAUCUGGCUCUAGACAAUCAGAUGAUUGUGGAGAUGCUCAAGACAGAACUGGCUUACCUCACUUCUUGUUGGAGGAUGACAGGGAGACCAACCCUGACGUUUCCCAUCACCCACACAAUGCUUGUUGAUGAUGGUACUGACAUUCAUCCAGCAGUUCUUGCCACCAUAAGAAAAUUAGAGGAUGGUUAUUUUGGAGGUGCAAGGGUGAAGAUAGGCAAGCUAUCUGAAUUUCUUACCACCUCUUCUCAUACGUAUCUGAGCUUCCUGGAUCCAGACUGUGAUGUAAAACUGUUUGAUGACCCUAAUGAAGGUCGUAAUAGUCCUGACAGUGAAUAUGGAGGUUAUCCAGCGGAUUUCUGUGAAAAAGAAAGCCAGGAUGAGCUGGAUCAGUAUAUAAAUGAUGUCCUACAGAGCACAGCACUAAAAUCAUACCUGCCUCCAACUUCAAAGACUGCAAAUCAACCGCCUGUGUUCAGUGCAAACCAUUCCACAAAAGAAAUACUGUCAAUAAUGGCCAAGACAAAGGGCUUGGAAGUUCCAGCUGUGUCUAUGUCUCUUCCCACUAAAGUUCUGAACACACACCGGAAGUCUCUGAAUCUUGUUGAUAAUCCCCAUUUCUUUGAGACAAAGGACUGUGAAAAUGUUUUGCACUUACCUAAAGAUGCUGAAGGUGAUUUGGAUUGCAGGAGGCUUGUUGAGCAGCUGAAGGAAUGCCCAACGCUCCAUGAUCAAGCAGAUAUCUUAUAUAUCUUGCAUAUACUAAAAGGCGCUGACUGGGACACAGAGCUGGAUGGACAGUACGGCGUCACCGUUCAUUGCCUACUCAAUGAGCUCUACAGAAAGGCAGGCCUCAAUCAAGAGUGGGGCUUGAUCCGUUAUAUUUCCGGUAUACUCAAAAAGAGAGUGGAAGUCCUGGCUGAGGCAUGCACAGACCUUCUCUCACACCACAAGCAACUUACUGUGGGCCUGCCACCAGAACCCCGUGAGAAAAUCAUUACCGCCCCACUGCCACCUGAGGAGCUCACAGAUCUUAUUUAUGAAGCCAGCGGCCAAGACAUCAGUAUUGCAGUUCUGACACAGGAGAUAAUUAUGUACUUGGCAAUGUACGUCCGGUCACAGCCUAGUCUUUUUGUGGAGAUGCUCAGGCUCCGCAUUGGUCUGAUAAUUCAAGUGAUGGCCACUGAGCUGGCUCGGAGUCUGAAGUGCUCAGGUGAAGAAGCUUCAGAGAGCUUGAUGAAUUUAAGCCCCUUUGAUAUGAAAAAUCUCCUACACCAUAUUCUCAGUGGAAAAGAGUUUGGAGUGGAAAGAAGCUUGCGACCUGUAGAUUCCUCUUCAUCUAGCCCUGCAAUUUCUAUUCAUGAAAUGGGGCACUCUGGAGCAACCAAAACAGAAAGAAGUGGUAUUACUAAAUUGAAGAGUGAGAUGAAGCAGUUCUUUCAUGAGGGCCACUCCAUGUCCAGCAGCAUGUUCACUUCCACGAAGGGCAGUACUCCAUCAUCUCCCACUAGUACUUCUCCUACUGGCUCCAGUGGAGACACGAGCUGGGGUGACCGAAAAGGGCAGUGGCUGCGCAGACGGAGGCUUGAUGGUGCUAUUAACAGAGUUCCUGUUGGCUUUUACGAGAAAGUGUGGAAAAUCCUUCAGAAGUGCCAUGGUCUGUCCAUUGAUGGGUACGUCCUUCCUUCUUCAACCACCAGAGAGAUGACCCCGUGCGAAAUCAAGUUUGCAGUGCACGUGGAGUCGGUGCUGAACCACGUACCCCAGCCUGAGUACAGGCAGCUCUUGGUGGAAGCUAUUCUGGUUCUCACGUUCCUCUCUGACAUUGAGGUGAACAGCAUCGGGGGCAUCAUCCAUGUGGAUCGCAUCGUGCACAUGGCCAACGACCUGUUUCUGCAGGAGCUGAAAGCAUUCGGAGCUACUGGUAGUAUCUUGGAGAAGGACGUAGCCACAGGAAUUUGCCACUUUUUUUAUGACAGUGCUCCAAGCGGGGCCUAUGGCACCAUGACAUACCUAACAAAAGCCAUAAUUAUUUAUUUACACGAUUUCCUGCCUAGCACAGGCUGUGCGAUGCAAUAAGCGAUGCCUCCUGUGGGAGGGAAGGCUCAGAAGCUCUUUCUCGCCAUUUCCCUUUCAUGAACCUCUCGUUUAGUUGCUGCAUGUAUGUGUGCCGUGCACUACCUCAGCGUAUUAGGCUAGUCGUCAUGCUACGUGCAUGCCUGCCUGCGGGGGACAGGUAGGUGGAGUUUGGCCUGGUGUUAAGGGAGCGUGUGAGAAAUAACAAAUAAUGAGGCUUAUUCUGCCUGAAGUGCUUAAAUGUAAUUCAUAUUAAAUUAGCCAGAAUUAUACAGUUCUGCCAAGGGGAAAAGAGAUUACUCUGUGGAGAUCAAAAGGCAUAAUAAAACGAGGGAGCUGUAUCUUGGGCAUAAAGUCUCCCAAAUAAGGGAAGUGAUGGAAUUCAUUAAUUUUUCUCCUGCUGCGUGUAGAUGUACAGCAUUGUGAAUCACUAAUGCACAGUGUGAAACAUUCAGGGAAAUGUAAAUUAGAGGAGUAGGAAUAACUUGUAAUAACCAGGUGAUAUUUCUAAUACAUGUUUAUCCUGAUUCUCAUUUCGUUUGUAUCCAGUCAGCGCAGGGCUAACACCAGUGGAGACAAAUGUCUUACAAUAUCUGCUAAUUUGAGAGGAUAGCCUCUCUUGGGAAGCUGUAUCUCUCUUUAAUCUGAACCAAAUAGCUCCCUUCCCUGCAUCUCCAAGGCUUCGGAGGCAAAAUCUCGAGACUCCAGCUUCUCCAAGGUGACAGUUUUAUGCCUGUAAUCCCUUCCUCUGAAUGGAGCAAGAUAAACUUCUUGCACUGAAGCGCCCUUUCCAGGUCUCCUGAGCCUUUCCUUUGCAAAUAGCCUCAGAGUUAAGAAUGGCAUAAUUGCCACCCUUCCAGCGCAGCGUGAGGUUAUGCAAGGCUUUGAUGUUUGUCUUUUUCAUUUUUUUUUCCCUUUUCCCUUUUUUCUUUUUUCUUUUUUUUAAUUUGAAGUUGCACUUGUCACAUGUAGUUAGGGAUGGGCUACCUGGAAGUCUCCCUUCAGCGGGCUCCUAGAUUAAUGCCUGCGCCUUGAAUCUGUCCACUGGAAACCAGUUUCUGCAGCUGCUCCGAGCAGCUGCAAGGAGAAUAGGUGUGUCCGUGGCCAUUUAAACUGAAAACAGAGGUAGGCUGCCCCUGAAAGGGAAAACCCUGCUUUACCCCAGGCAUCGGCUGCGGUUUUCCUUGUGCCGGUGCUGCUGGUUUUGCCACCAGCCAGCGCGCAUCUGGCUCACGGCUUCAGGAAGUGGCUGUAGCUUUAGCCUCUCCCACCACCCUGGGCUCCCUCAGCUGCGCUGGGCUGUGCCGGCACUGCCGCCGUGCGAGCAGAGAGGAUCAGAGCGGUUCUGUCUUGCCAGGUAGAGGGGAAAAGAGCAGAUACGGCCUGUAAAAAGUAAGUAUUUUCUGUGCUAAUAAGCCUGUUAAGCAUAUCUCUGUGAGAGCCCGCUUCACUCUCUCAAAACAUAACUGUGCCAUUUUUACAGGAUUUGAAAACUUUUUUUUUUAUAACAAUAGUACAGGAUGCUUUUGAGAACAGGGUUUGUGGUUCCAGUUUUACACGGAUAACCUGAUGAAAGGAGGGAAGUAAAGCCCUGUCUCACUUGUCAGUCGCUGGCACCCAUGGUCGUGGGGAGGCUGAGCUCUCGAUGGCCGUGCCACCCCGCCGGCUGUCCCUCUACAGAGUCGCUGCUGCUGUAACAACGUCUGGACACUGGCUGAAGAGAGCGAAGGUGUGGGAGGCCUCAGGAGGCGAUUUCAUGUUUUUGCAGACACAAGGAGAGCUGGGCAGUCCAAGGGCCCAGGAGCUUCUCACGGGUUGCUUGGAGGGGCAUGGACUGUGUUAACCGCCGUGACAACUGUGGGGCCUGCUGAGGGGCCAGUAGGAAGGUGUCAUUCAGGUACAGCUAGCACUUGGAUGUGGAAGUCAUUUUACUGGCGUGGUGCCUCUUUUGUAGGGGUUUGCCUUUGCUGUAGGUUUCCGGGUUUGUGGGGUUUUUUUCAUAUUUAUUGUGAGAGAUCACUUGUUUUGCAGUAAAAGAAAAUAAAAUCUUUUGUCUAGUUGAAGCAGACAAAUGUGACAGCGCGGAGCAUGAGCAGACAUGAGCCUGUGUGAUGGUUUCUUGUUCUCUCCAGUAUCAUACGACAAGGCAGUAAUAGCAGUUAUUUUUGCUUUUCUUGUUGAAUCCUAGAUUGGGAGAAAUGCAAGAUGAUUUUCUCUCAGACCCCUUUUUUAAAAAAGCAAACCAAAACAAAUCCUAUGGUGUGCUCUUGUUUUCAGAACCAAGAAGGGUGAUGUAGUUUUACAUGCAGCUCCACUGAAGUCUAAAGCAAUGGAGCCUGAGGCAAAACAUACCUGGACACCCCUUAACUCUUUAGUAGGAGUCUCAGUGAUAUCUUUCAUUUGCAAUUCAUAGUAUGACCUAGGUUAUGGUAUAUUUAUGAUCAUCAUGAUCAAUUAUCAUAUAGAGCGCAGAUGCUUGGAAAGUAUUUACAUGGUAAUUUGAAGAGUUUAGGUAGCUGGUGGUGAAGGAUGGGAUUCCGGAACACAGCACCAAUGGAAGUGAAACUCCUAUUACCUUCAGGUCAGGCACAGCUGCAACUCGCUGCUGUGUUACUUCUCUGCCCAAAGAACCAUUCCAACUGGAGAGUCGCAUUUUAGUGCAAACCUCAUUAAGCAAAUAAGGUUUUACACAGACCCCACCCCCGCUUUGCUGAGGAUCCACCUGUGUGUGCAUGUUAAGCUGUUACAAAGCAGAGCUUGCACUGGCGGUGCUCCCAGUUAAAAUACGUGUCAAUUUUGCAGUUUCUGCGGGGCUGAGCUAAUUGGCAGAGGCUCGACUUGGCUGUCAGGCUUCCCAGGGGAGCCGGCAGAGAAUUACACAGCCAGCUUGAAGUCCCUGGAAACUCAUUUAUGGAAAGAAGGCAAAGGUAAACAGGCACAUCCUGUGCCUCAGAAAUAAGGACAUUAAUGAGUUAAAAUAGACCGACCCAAGACCUGGUCUUUCCAGUCUGAGGGGCACUGCUGCUGUAGGCAUUUUGCAGCUGUGGGGACAGAAGCACCUGCACUGCUUUGGGGGGACAGCCAGGCGUGCCUGCUAACAGAAAUGGGGCUGCUCAGGGGCACUGGCUGGAAUAAUUAGCUGUGUCCAUACUGCAUGCUGGCCCCAGCCCAGCUCCUCCAGGCCAGUGCCCUCCCUACUCGCUGCCUCACCACUGUUUCCUCCCUGUUGAUGUGCGAAGGACACGAGUUUGUCAAACUAGACAGAUCAAAAGUGGCAUUAAUCCCCCUCAGCAGCUGCUCCUACAAGUAGAUGUCACAACUUAAUGGUUGGGGUCCAAAAUUCGUCUGGCUUCUGUCCUGCUAAUUGUGGUCUGAGCCCUGCCUGUUUCUGGGAGGCGAAGGUGAGCUGCGCAGUCCCUAGCAGUCCUAAAAAGGGGUGGCCACUCUGCGGCAGGUGGUGGAACACGUGGGCUUGCUGCACUUCUGCGGGCACGGGGCGCUGUGGGAUCAUGUCACCCAUCUCGCAGCAGCCGGAGGCUUGAGUGGAGCAGGAGCCUGGGUCAGUCCAGGUCCAACACUGGGCCCUUCCUGGUGUGGUCCAUGGGUAGGAGCAGGGUUGUCCAGGAAGUGGGGGAGAGAGAGAUGCCACCAGCGGUAACAUCGGUACCUGCAGGGCAAAAGCUUGGGCACUCACGUGCAGACUGAUUCAGUCCCUACUUACAGCUGUAAUAGUAGCCACUGCAUAAAAUUGUGGGAUAAAAAACAAACCGGUAAUGGGGAUGGGAGUUAUGGAAGAAGAGCUUCAGCUCGUGCAGUUUGGAUGUAAGUACAAGUAGCUGGGCUCUCUCCCACUCCCAGUUUCAGUCUGGAGUAGCUUUUAUUCCUGGCAUGAGAUGUUUCACAGUUACUCCCCUUGCCACCCCCCCCCCUUCUGUCAGCAGUGGGGGGCUCCUGUGUGCUGCUAGCAGCUGGCAGGGGAGGCUUGCUGCUUUUUUGGCUCUAUGACUCAGCUCCUCUCACACUUGAGUGCUGUGUCCCUGAAGGCUCCUCUUGCUGCCGGCUGAAGAGUGCUGCCUUGUGACCUCACCAUGACAUCCCCUCUCAGGAAGUGACCCCUGGGCGAGCAUCCUUCAGCUUCACACUAGGGCAGCUUCAGGGGCUUCUGGUAAGAGGGGGAGAUGGAAGCUGGAGGCUGUGGCCAUGGUUCUGAGCACCUGUGUCUGGUUGUGCACCCGGCUUUGUCCAUCUCCUGGUGGGGUGGGAGGUGGCAGAGGACGACUCCAGAGCUGCACUGUCCUGUUCCACCUUGUUGCUUCGCACCCACAGCCAGGAAACAGACGGAAGCAAGGUCCCACCACACACCCUGGUUUUUGUCCCCCUGAGGUGGAGCCUUUUGUCACGCCGCUGGAAUAAGGUGGGACUGAUCCUCACAGUCCAUAGAUCAGAAUAAAUGCAUGCUAAACCCAGACAUUCUCUAUGACUAAUGCCAUGACAAUUUUACUGUAAAUUUUGUUUGCACUAUUAAAGAUUUUUUUCUCCCCCCCCCCCCCCCCCCCGGCAAUAGAAA